AUGGCGGGUGUCCCGUGCGGCAACAGCACGGUGUGCAAGGCCGGGACGUACGGCGAGACCCUCCGGGACAAGAUGUCUGGCCCUCCGAUUCAGCCGCCUGCAAUGGCACGGAGGCAAGAGCUCCUGGUGGUACCGCUUCUUCUCUCCCAACCCCCUGUCGGCACUGUCACAACCACGUCCAAAUUAGAAGGCCAGUCGAAGGCAUCAGAGACGUCAAAGGACAUCGUGGAAGUCUUGUAUCUGGAUAUUUGUAUGGGAGUCUUUGUAUGGCGGUUCUUGUUAGCCGGAGGCCUGUCGGGGAAUCUUUCAUUGCUGGAGAACUUUGAGGAGGAGCGGAGAAAGGUCACUCUGGAUCUCGUUAGCUUUGACUCCCGCUUCAACAGCAACGAGGGCUUCGUCCUCGUCGAGUUUCCCACAUCGCGGUCUCCUCGCGGACCUUCGUCGUCUCGGACGUCGAUCCGCCUGUCGAGCACGUCUGAUGACGUGCUCUCCGCCGACCUUGAUUCCCAGUCCAGGCAGAUCGUCUCGGCUGGUACCCUCUUCAUCUCCUCUCCGUCGACACUCGCCAAGCAGCGAAUGAUUGCCGUUGUCGGCAGCCAUUCAGUCGGCAAAUCCUCCCUUGCGGUCCGCUACGUCGACGGACACUUUGUCGAGAGUUACUACCCGUCGAUCGGGAGUACCAUUAGCAAGGAGUUUCACGGAUACAUCCGGCAUUCAAUGCGAAUGCUCCUGCUUCGACCGCAAUUACAACCGAGUAUCAAGACGCUCCUGGAUGAUGUCGUGGUAAAGUUUGGUUCUCGGUUCAUUCGGAGUCUGGUGUCAGGCCAACAUACGCAGCCGUCGAUAGGUGCUGAAAUCAGGGGCAGGGACCACAGGCUAGGCAGGUACUGUAGGUAACGGUACAGCAGGAACCAGGUGCAGAAGAUUGGGAAACAGGCUCUCCAUGUACAUACACCCAGAGUCUCAGGCUCCUCUUGUAAGCAUACAACCCGUGUGACCUCCUAGGUUCAAUAAUGGGGCAGUGCCCUUGAC